AUGGUAAUAUGUGGAGAAAAUUAUCAUAGGAUUGGUUCGUUGUUGCCUCCUGAUGAACUACUCACUUUAUUGCUACAAAUGCUGGAUCAAAACAAUCAACUUGUCAAGACAUUCAGGCGAGUUCGACAGCAGUUGCAGGAUUCUAUAACGACAAAUUUGAAGCUUCGAAUUUUUGGAACUAAGAGCAGAAAUCGACAGUAUGACUUGCCAAGCAGCACUGAAAUCGCGGCACUCAUACCAGGAAAUUUUAUUCCAGACAGAGACGAUCGAGAUAUCAUUGUUGAUUACAUUUAUGAAGGUUUAAAGAGAAUUACAAGUCUCAAUCCAAAAUUUGAUGCAUUGCAUUUCCCACUCUUAUUUCCAUAUGGAGAGGAUGGUUAUCAUCCGCUUAUCAAAUACAGAUCAUUCAGAGAAGAUGCUCCAAUGGAUUGGAUACAGAUUCCACAAUUGUUCCUAAUUGAUCCUGGAGUUGAUCCUGUUCAAAACAUAGUCUUCAACGAAGCAUUUGCCAAUAUAGUGGAUACCUAA